GACUCGAUGUACACCCCUACAUAUCUAUAACAUACGGAACCAAUCCUAUGUUAGCAUAUACCUGGUCUUGUUGGCAAGUAGCGUGCUGCAUAAGAGUUUCAUCAGGUUACCUGGUUACCAUGGGUUGGGUUUAGGCAAUGGGUAGGGUUCAGGCCAGGUUGGGGUCAGCCCAAGCCUGACCCAUUUACUAAGCAGGCCAAGAAUUCUUGCCCAAACCUGACCUGACCUACUUAAAAAUUCAUCAAACCUGACCUGACCAAACCCAAUCCAUUCAAUUGUACCUGACCCAACCUGCCAUGAACUAACUCAGGUUUAAAAAUGGAAUAUGACACUAAGGCUAUGCACAACCUAGCCCAAACAUUGGAUUGGUUCAUACAUAUAAAAAAGCUGUAAUUUAUUUUGUUUCAGGUUUUGGGUUUGGGGAGUCAGGCCAUUUGGCUCAACCCAUUUAUAACUUAUAUGGGGGGUGCGGGUUGGGUUGGCCCAAGCUCGAUGCUACCCAUUUAGCUUGGCCCAAACCCACCUCAAAAGUGGUUGGUUUAGUUGACCCACAGGCUGACCCACCCCAUUGCCACCGCUAACUGUGUGUCUAUCAUGACAAACUGAAAAUGGAGUAGACCGUGGUCGAGAACCGUAUAAUUCCUUUGACAACCAACCCUUAGUUUCAAGGCCAUGCAAUUUUUGUGCCCCAUGUCAGGACUCGGAGUUCUGUAUUUUUAUUUUUAUUUUUUGCAAUGUUUGCCUGUAGAAGUGUAGUAGUUUGAGAAAUGGAAUUCAGAAGGAAAGUAUAGAGGAUGAGUUUGAUAAACUAUUGUCUUAUCUGUAGUGUUUGAAUCUCAUUGCCUUUUGAGUGGUCUGAGGCAAAACUGUCACGAGCAAAGAUGCUAAACUAAUAUGCUGCAAGGGCAUCAUCCUCUCUCAAUUGAUCAAUUUAUGUUUAUUCAUAAUUCUUAUAGGAUUUUCUAAUUUGUUCAUUCUAAAAAAAAAGGAAAAGAAAAGAGGAUUUUGUAAUUUGUUGCUGUCAAUUUGUUUUCUGUGAUAUGAAGCAUUUUAUGUUUGCUGGGGAAAUGUGAAGUAGGACUAUCUUUGACUAUUUGAUUGUCAAUCUAUCACAUUUAUAUUUUACACUAGAAACAACUAGUUGCACAUUUGCGAAUGUUUAUUUAGAGUUUUCUCUUUCACUUUUAAACAGAUAGGGGAGAAACAAAUUUGUCAUGGCUUGCUUAAAUGCUGUUGGGGUUUGUUGUGAACACUGGGUCAAUCAUAUAUUUAACUAUAGUGCUGAUUGUUUUGAAGGACAAUGCACAGGGAAAAAGAGUGCAUGGGCUCAGUCCAAAUCCCUUAAGGGCCGAUUAUUGCCCCAUCCAGAGAUUGAGGGUCAUCAUGUCACCUAUGAUGUUGCAAAGGGAAUCCAGUCUCCACGUUUUCAGGCCAUAUUGAGGGUUACAAGUGGCCGCAGGAAGAGAACUGCUGACGUCAAGAGCUUUUCUCAUGAGCUAAAUUCUAAAGGAGUACGCCCUUUUCCAAUUUGGAAGCCUCGUGGAUUGAACCAUCUAGAGGAGCUCAUGGUAAUUAUUAGGUCAAAGUUUCAGUGCUUAAAAGAAGAAGUUAAUUCGGAUUUAGCUUGUUUUGCCGGAGACUUGAUUGGCAUACUUGAAAAAAAUGCAGAGGUUCAUCCCGAGUGGAAAGAAACUUUGGAAGAUUUGUUGGUUGUAGCCCGACUUUGUGCUACGAUGUCUCCUACUGAUUUCUGGUCCAAAUGUGAGAUAAUUGUUCAAAAAUUAGAUGAUCGCCGUCAAGAGCUGCCGACAGGGACCUUGAAGCAACUCCAUGCACGCAUUCUUUUCAUCCUUACUCGAUGCACCCGUCUGAUACAGUUCUAUAAGGAGGGCAUCUUAACCGAGGAUGAGCACAUUCUUGGACUUCAUCAACUUAGUGAUUUGGGAGUCUAUCCAGAACCAUGUUUUGGAGGUGAACACCAGGGCAUAAAAAAGUCAACAAACAGUAAGGAUUCGAAAGAAAAACCCACAUGGAAGUCCCAUGGGCAGGAAGAAGCAGAAGGUGACACUGCUAGAAGUACUGAUUCAUCAGCAAGUAGAGAACGCAUAUCUUCUUGGAAGAAACUCCCAUCCCCAGCUGAAAUGAGUCAGAAGAAAAAAGGCCAUGACACAAAUGAUGCCGCCUCUAAAAAGAGACUGGAUAAAAUGAAAACGGAUUCACAUGAACAUACUGAAAACCCAAAUGCUCCAGAAUGCCCUUCUGAAGGCUUAGUAAAUCCAUCAGAUACUUUGUCAGUUCCCCAAAAAGUUUCUUCUGGUUACUGUGGAGGUCAGCAGAAUAUAUCUGAUGAGCAUUCAAUUAUUUGUCGAAUUUGUGAGGUUGAAAUUCCAACUGUACACGUGGAAGAUCACUCCAGAGUCUGUACAAUUGCUGAUAGAUGUGACAUAAAGGGUUUAAGCAUUAACCAGCGGCUUCUGAGGGUUGCUGAAUCUCUUGAGAAGAUCCUGCAAUCCUGUACACCGAAAAGCUCAGACUCGGAAGGAAUAGGAAGUCCUGAGAUUGCAAGGGCAUCUACUUCAAGUAUAGCUGAAUCUUCUGAUGGCACAUCUCCAAAGCCAAGUAAUUUGUCUCGUGGAUUUUCUGGAGAUAUGAUCGACUGCCUUCCAGAAGUUGAUAAUUCUUUAAUCAUGAACGAUUUGAAGGGUUUGCCAUCCAUGUCAUGUAAAACAAGUAGUGUCCUGAUGCCAGAUCAGCUCAUGUCUUCAUCAUCAACAGAAAGCAUUACUUCGCAGUAUCCACAGUCUACAUCCACACCUCGGUCUAACUACAUCAACUUGCUAUUGAGUGAGAGGACUUCAAUAAUAGACCAUGAAAACUUUCAACAGAUAAAUGACCUAUUGGAUAUUGCUCAUAAAAUUGCAAACAUAAACACUAAUGAUUACCACUCAUUGGAGUGCUUGCUUUCCUGUCUUGAAGACCUACAAGACGUUGUCCAGAAUCGGAAGGUGGAUGCCCUUAUUGUUGAGACAUUUGGACGGCGGAUGGAGAAAUUGUUGCGGGAGAAGUACCUACAUCUUUGUGAGCACAUAGAUGAUGAAAGGCUAGAUUCACCGAGUGUAGCUGUUGAUGGAAAUGGUCUACAUGAAGAUGAUAUAGUUCCUAGCCUACUUGCAAGCCCUAUUGAUUCAAAUUGUAAGGACCGGACAUCUAUAGAAGAUUUUGAAAUUAUUAAACCAAUCAGCCGAGGGGCAUUUGGACGAGUUUUCCUAGCAAAGAAAAGAAUUACUGGUGACCUAUUUGCAGUAAAGGUUCUUAAGAAGGCCGAUAUGAUCCGAAAAAAUGCCGUGGAAAGUAUUCUGGCUGAACGUGACAUCCUCAUGACAGUUCGCAAUCCUUUUGUGGUCCGGUUUUUCUUCUCCUUCACAUGUAGAGAAAACCUUUAUCUUGUCAUGGAGUACUUGAACGGAGGAGAUCUUUACUCCUUAUUGAGAAAUUUAGGUUGCUUGGAUGAACAAAUGGCAUGUACAUAUAUAGCAGAAGUUGUUCUUGCACUGGAGUACUUGCAUUCCUUGAGUAUUAUUCAUCGGGAUCUGAAGCCAGAUAACUUACUGAUUGCAAAGGAUGGUCAUAUCAAGUUAACAGAUUUUGGGCUUUCUAGGGUUGGUCUUAUCGGUAGCACAGAUGAUCUAUCAGGACCAAUAGUGAGUAGCACUGCGUUCCUUGGAGAUGAAGAACCUAGUUUAUCUGCAGAACAACAAACACAGAAACGUGCACAACGCCAAAAGAAUCCAGCAGUUGGUACCCCUGAUUAUUUGGCACCAGAGAUACUUCUAGGAAUGGGUCAUAGCACAACUGCAGAUUGGUGGUCUGUGGGUAUUAUUCUCUUUGAGCUGCUUGUAGGUAUUCCGCCAUUCAAUGCAGAACAUCCACAGAAAAUCUUUGAUAAUAUAAUGAAUCGAGAUAUACCCUGGCCAAACGUUCCAGAGGAGAUGAGCCAUGAAGCAUAUGAUUUGAUUGACAAGCUUCUCAAAGAAAACCCGUUCCAAAGGCUAGGAGCAACGGGGGCUGGAGAGGUGAAGCGCCAUCCUUUCUUCAAAGACAUUAACUGGGACACUCAUGCCAGUCAAAAGGCUGCAUUCAUUCCAGCAGCAGAUGAUGCACAGGACACCAGCUACUUCAUGAGCCGCCACGUGUGGAAUUCAGCCGAUGAACAAAUACAUACAACAACUGAUUACUUUGACGACACAACUGAUACGGGAAGCGCUAGCUGCGACAGCAGCUCACUCAGCACCCAACUGGAUGAAGAAGGAGAUGAAUGCGGUACUCUGGCAGAUUUCGGAGCACCCGCUGUUACAACUACGUACUCGUUUAGUAAUUUCUCAUUCAAGAAUUUGUCUCAGCUUGCAUCUAUCAACUAUGAUCUUGCAGAAAAGAGUGGCGUGGAUAUGCCAAAGACCUCAAAGCCACCAAUUCCAUAACACAUCAGGCACUUUGGCAAUGUACAGCCCACCAUCCGAUAUUAAUUGUUAAUUUUCUUGCCUACAAGUUCUUGCUUUUUGGAAAAUGACAAUGUGCUUUCGAGGACGGUGGGAUCUGCUUGAUAUUUGAGAAUGAGAAUUGAGGAUGUGGUUCAUGCACA